UGAAAUUGUCUUUAUUCUGUUCAAAGUAGAAUUGAAUAAAUUUCAAUAAUUUAAGUACAGCUCUUAGCUCUUUGGAAUAUUGUGCGUUAUUUGGAAUCCAGCAGUUGUCGCGAUCGGAAGCACUGGAAUUCGCUAAAGAUUCCUGGGUUGAAAAUUUGCUGGUGCUUCAUUCGGAAAUAAGGCGUUCUUUGGCAACGACUUCAAUACACACAUCUCUGCCAUCAAUUAAUUGACGUCAAAAUGCAGGCCUUUCGUUGGGGCCUAGUGGGAGUUGCACUGCUCGUCGUUGCUUGUGCGAACGCAGCAACAAUUGGCUCAUCAAAUGAUGAAAAUGUCGAAUUCAUCGAUGACAUUCAAAGAUUGAAAAGAAGCAAUAGAGGCUAUAUGAGAGGUCAAACUCAGUCACAGUACUUAAAUUUUGGAAAACCUGAACAAGAUGGCAAAGCUGAAGCAGAAGCUAACGAAAGUGGUUCCCGAUCAACAGUAUCUGGAAGUCACGGUAUGGGCCAAGCUCAGAGUCAAUUCUCUGUAGGCGAUUGUGGUGAAUGUGGAGGCAGCAAUGUAUAUGAUUAUAAUGCUGGUUCACCAGAUCCAUUGAUUUACGGUGGAGGAGCUGGGGCUUAUCAACCAACGACAACAUACACAGAUGGUACACCAUCAACCCUUAUUGGCAGACCAGGAGUUGGACAAUACGAUACCCAAG